CCAAAAGAGGAAAACAAACUGACAAUAGCCACCAACACCACCAAAUCUGGAGUUCUGGGACCCUCAGUACCGUUUGCACACGAAGGGGCGUGGCCCCGGGACCCAGGCGUGGGAGCCAGAACUAUUCGCUGCUGGCAGUAGCGCAGCCUGUCGCCAAGGUCCUGACUCGAUCGGGUCAAGUCGUCGCGGGGCGGGGCGGACAGGGCAGUGAUUUAAGAGGCGCGGCCUUGGGACAGGAGGACCCGCACCAAUGGAGACCGCCAGGGACUACGCGGGAGCCCUCAUCAGGCCCCUGACAUUCAUGGGAUUGCAGACUAAGAAGGUCUUGCUGACACCCCUCAUACAUCCAGCUCGCCCUUUUCGAGUUUCAAACCAUGACCGAAGCAGCCGGCGUGGGGUGAUGGCCAGCAGCCUGCAGGAACUUAUCAGCAAGACUCUGGAUGUCCUGGUCAUCACAACUGGCCUGGUCACGUUGGUGCUGGAGGAGGAUGGUACUGUGGUGGACACGGAGGAGUUCUUUCAGACCUUAAGGGACAACACACAUUUCAUGAUCUUGGAAAAGGGACAGAAAUGGACACCGGGCAGUAAGUAUGUCCCAGUCUGCAGGCAACCAAAGAAAUCAGGAAUAGCCAGAGUCACCUUCGACCUCUACAGGCUGAAUCCCAAGGACUUCCUCGGCUGUCUCAAUGUCAAAGCCACCAUGUACGAGAUGUACUCAGUGUCCUACGAUAUCCGAUGCACGAGCUUCAAGACCAUGUUAAGGAGUCUGCUGCGGUUUGUGUCCUAUGCUGCCCAGGUGACAGGACAGUUCCUGGUCUAUGCGGGCGCGUACAUGCUCCGAGUAUUGGGCGAUACAGAAGAGCAGCCGUCCCCCAAGCCUAGUACCAAAGGCUGGUUCAUGUAAUCAGGUCACAGCUACAGAGGCCCAGGGACCCAGCUUUCAUGCAAAUUCACUACCAUCUGUCAUAGACUGUGGGAUGUCAGAGGAAGGAAUGGGGGCUUGGUAGUGGUACCAGGUGCUGGGCUGAGCAGCAGGAUUCCUGCAAGGGAAAGGAGGCAGAGGGGCCUUCUAAGAGCUUUAGGAAGGGACUAACAGCAGAGUGUCUGGGAACAGCAUGGGUAUGAAUCCGUCCCUUUGGAUCCUUACAUAUUGUAAUAAACCAAUCACAAGACUCA